AUGCAGCCCCCGGCAAGCUCACUACUCCGUCGACCCAACGGCCGACCGCAAGCCUGUGAACCUUGUCGCAAGCGCAAAGUAGCGUGCGAUCAUAGUCAACCAGUCUGCAACCGAUGUAGGAAGAGGAGUCAAGGUAAUGACUGUGUCUACCUGGUGUCAGGCAACUCGAGAACCUCAUCUGCGCCUCGUAGACCGCCUCCUUCUCCCACGGGUUCGACUCCGUCUGUCAUCUAUCUGCCUUCAACCACCAAUGUCUCGGAAACGACUGAAAUUCGCAGCCCCGAAGGGCUGUCCGCUAGGCAGAUGGCAUCAGGUUAUCUUGGCUUCACCAGUUUCUCAGCUGUCUUUGAGGAGACGCAGAAUAGUCUCAGCAGGCUCAAGGGCUCUCACGCAACUCCUCCUGAAUCUGAAGACUUGAAUCCGGAGACUUCUGUACCAGAUGGGUUUACUCUGAGUACUCGCGCCCGCGAAGCUUGCUUAUAUGUACUGCGACAAGUGCCUGAACCCUCGCGUGGGAAGUUCUAUCUACGCGGCAGCCCAUGCGAAGCUUGGUAUUACUAUUUCCUCGACCGCGUUUUAACCGAUUUUUACGAAACUUUCGGGGAAUAUUUCGGACCCAACAGGAAUGAUAAGUCUCUCGAAGAGCUAGCCAUCAUUCUCUGCAGGAACACUGCGCUCCCGUUCUCGGACGACGAGGACAUCUCGCCUAGCCAAUGGAUCGCACAAUUCUCCGGCUCUAAGACGCGCUGGGAGGCAUUGGGGUUGAUUUUUGGGUUUUGGGACUUCAGCGUUAAUUCCAUCACCAUAGUGAAAAACCCGAAUCAUGACGAGUACGGUCGACCGAGCCAGAUCACGAAGCAGUGUGUCGACUUUUGUCUCGAGCUGUGCAACGAAUUCUCCCCUGCUAACUCGAUGCUAUUGUUUCUUACCCAUAAACGGCUCGUAAUGGAGACUGUUCUUAAUGGCGAUAUGAGCCGACGCUCCUGGUUGUUCCUUGGAGAAGUCAUCACGCUCCUGACUUUCUUAGGCUACCACGUACUGCCGGACACACCGGAUUACCAACCCAACUUCAUGACAGAAAUCAAACGGAGGAUAUACUAUUCGAUAUACAACGUACACAUGACGAUGGUAUCAUUGACAGGGCGGCCGCUUCUAAUGACGCAAAACUAUAAUACGACGCCGCUUCCACUUGACAUUGGCAACUCUACCCUUUAUGGCGUCAAGGGCAUUUCUCUUGACGAAGCGAAGGCUGAUAUUAAUAACCUGGGAUGGAACAAGCGUGAGAGCAGAUUUUCGGUCUCUUUUCUGCGCGCGAGAGCCAAGCUUUCAAUGCUCCGCGAGGAGCUCAUGCAUUUUGCCCUCCAUACCAAGCAGCAAGUGACGGUUGACGAGCUUCUGGACGUGAAGGCUCGAGAAUUGCGCACAAUUGAGGAUUUUCCGCCCUUCAUGGAAUACCGCGAUUCCGAUUUAGACGAUCAAAAGCACGAUGUGAACAUUUUGUAUUGGAAGCUCUUGAUGCGACUAGAGCACCUCCUAAAUAUGUUCUUCAUCGAACGGCUGUUGCUCAAGCACGGCCACUCUCAAAGUGACAUUCUGUCUAUCAGCUUCGACAUGAUUACCUAUACUUUGCCAUUCUGGACACAUCAAGACACGCUCCUCCCACUACGCAAUGACUGCGAAUGGCUCGUCAUCGCCUUUGGCGUUCCUGCAGGCGGUAUCCUAUGCCAGGAGCUGCUAAAGCCUACUUUACACAACGACUCCAGAAUCACAAGGUCGAGUCUGAUCCAGAAGCUAAGCCUUCUCGUCGGGUUUCUGGACUGGGUUAAGCCGACAGCACCUAACGGUGAUCAGUGUUCUAAGUGCAAAACCAUUAUCAAGCAUGUUCUAGACCAGGCACUUAAUGCCUCGCCGCCAGGAUACGAGAGCGCUCCCGGUGCAGUAUACGACUUGGGCUUCACGACGCAGGUUGACUUCGAUUUCGAUUUGUUGAAUACCUUCGACUGGGCACGCUCCGAGCCCUCAUGGAGUCAGCAAACGAAUGCUUGAUGUAAGAUACCUAGAUGGAUGGCCCGUUGUCUACCCACCAUAAGAUACGAGGUGAA